UCCGGAGGCGCAGGCGCAGUCGUGGCCCGCGUCCGCCCGGGCCGGGGUAGACGUUUCCCAGUGGAGGCGGGGACAGACGGCCUCGCCGAUGGCCCCGCUCCCGGGGGCAGAACUGGUCCACACGCCCCUGCAGCUCUACCGGUACCUGCUGCGCUGUUGCCGACAGCUGCCCACCAAGGGCAUGCAGGAGCAUUACAGACACGCUGUCAGGCAGAGUUUCCGGGUUCAUUCAGAUGAAGACAAUCCUGAGAGAAUUCAGCAGAUUAUUAAAAGAGCCAUUGAGGAUGCUGACUGGAUCAUGAACAAAUAUAAAAAGCAGAACUGAGACUCAGAGUGAAGCCGCCCUGAAGACCCUGAAGACGAGAGGUCUCCUGGAAGGAACCAGCAGCAGGAGUUCUGGACUCUCCGCAGGCGUGGGAGCAGCUGGCAUUUGCUCAAAUGGCUCUUCUCAGGCCGUUUGUGUCCCCAGUGACCUUUACAUUUGCUUUUCCAGGCGAUUAUGAUGGGAGAUUUGGGGAGAAUGUGUUUUGUCACUUUGCUCUGAAAGUGAUUCAUUUAUCCUGGAUGUCAUUCUUUGAGAUCCGAGUGGGCGUCCCCUCAGAGGGCGGCCUGUAUGGAGGGCAGGGCAUGGGUGUCAGCGCCUGACAGAUCUGGAUUUGAAUCCCAGCUCAGCGGCUUUUCAAGGGCGUUGACUUUGAGCUUGGUUUCCUCUCUUGUGAGAACUGAAUAAGAUGAAAUCACAGAGCCUAACACAGGACGUGGUACAUGGCGGUGCCAGUAGAUGACCCUCUGAGGAAGCUGCCUCCCCGCUCCCUCCUCUGCUCCCACAGGGCUCCACGGAUCUCUAGCCCACAGCACCUUGGCCGGUUUGCUUGUCCUGUCCCUGCUUGUCGCCACUGUCCCCUUCCCCCAGACCCCUGAGCCUUCACAGUUGCACUGAGCCCAACAGUAUGCCAAGCACUGCGCUUCCCGCCCCGAGAAGCAGAUGCCCUGGUCUUUGGAGUUUACAGAGUCCCGGGGUCCUGGUGGUGAAAGACAGCCUGCAUGGAACAAGAAGGAAUGCCAAGCACCUCCAGUAGUGCCCACGUGUUUAGGCUUCUGUGAACCUGUCAUCUGUCUUGACUGUCCCCUCCCUCCUUUGCCACCAUCUCAGAAGGAGGGGAGGAGGGAAGCCGACAAGCAGUCAUGUGGAUUUUCAUGAGCCUGAAAUUGGUGGAGAAAGACAGACCCAGAUCAUCAUCCCAGUUCUGCUCAAAUUGUGUUUGGAUAACUUACUUCUCCUCUUUCAGCCUCACUUUCCCCAUCUGUCCAAUGGGGUAAUGGCCGUACGUACCUUGAGAGCUGUGGUGAGGAAUAAUGAGGUCUAAUGCAUGUCAAGUGCCUACCCAGAGCCUGGCAUGGGGAGCUGGCUGCAUGGCCAGCCCGUAGUUACGAGCUACAACUAUUAGGGAGCCCUGCUUUGCAAGUGGGAGAUGGAAGCUCAGAGAGGUUGAGCCUCUUUUCAGGGUCACAAAGCCGCUAAGCCAGGUCUGUCUGAAUCUACCAAACAGCACAGAUUUGGGAGGGAAAGGACAGCAUCAGAGAAAGAGGGAAGGAAGGAGAACGGGAGGGAGUGAGGAAGGAGGGAUAAGGAAGGAGGAGAGCAACAGGGAAGGAUCAGGGGAACUGGCCAGAGCAAGUGUAACAACCAGAAGCCACACUAGGUACCCCCGAGGACUCAGCCAGAGGGGUGAGCUAGCAUGUGUUUAUGUCCUGGCAAUCAUAUGGCUUAAAGUGACUGAGCUACAUCUAUGUGCAUUCAACUGAUCAGCAGACAAUGAAGUAAAUACAUCAAACUGUGAAAA